UUUUUCUCCCUUGUUGCUAGCGGGGGUCGUUUCGGUCGGAGUUAUCAAGGCCCAUUUCGCCUUUGUUUGAUUACAUCAAUAGGGGGGUUCUGGUUCACACUGUGCAAGGCGUGCUGCUGGACGGUGUGCAAGGGUGGUUCGGUUGGGUGGGUAAAGGGGGGAAUGGAUGGACAAAGACAUUACAAAUAG